AUGGUUCAUCCAAGACUCAAGCUCGUAUCCAAGUCCCGGUCCCAGUCCCGUGCUACCUCAAUCUCCCGCUCCGCCUCAUCCAGCCCCAUCCCCGACGACAAAGAUGACACUUCAUCUAUAUUUGUCUCAGAACACGCGCACGAAGUCAAGUCCCAGUCCCAGUCCCAGUCCCGUGCUACCUCAAUCUCCCACUCCGCCUCAUCCAACCCCACCCCCGACGACAAAGACGACACUUCAUCUACAUCUGCCUCGAAGCAAGUGCACGAAGAAAUCCGACUUCCCUCCUUCGCUACUCUCGAUAAGUCUCUGGACCAUGCAUCCCCGCCUCCUCAUCCCUUGAUUUGGUUGAACCUGCCGGAGGGGAGUGUGGAAUGGGAUGAGGGUUCGAGGCUGAGGCGUAGGUAUGAUCCGGAACGCGAUAAUGCGGGGGCGAUGUAUGUUAUACCUCCGCUUAGGACGUCCACGGUGGACCCUACAUCGGAUCCCCGCAUCGGUGGGCAGGAAGAAAUGUCGAAUGGUGGUGAAGAUUCGGGUGUGGCGAACAUGUCCGAGGCCAGACGCCAGGGUAAUCUCAAUGGUCCGUGUGCCGAGGCGCCAGCGGUAGAGUGUGGUGUUAAAAGGAGCCGAGAACCAGAGGAUGGCCCACAAGAUUUCACUACGCCGUCCACGUCCACAUCGUCGUCUUCGACCGGCGAUCCCCUGCAGCAGGGGCUCCGACUCAUCGCAGGUUGUAUCGACCUUUAUCUAUCCGAGCCACCUCCAUCACUGUCGAAGUCUCUGCGUCAAUUCACUACUGGUAAUUCACGCAUUCCCGAUCCCUCUUCGACACCUAUUGCUGUACCGGUCCUCCCAUCUUCGGCUUUGGGAAGCAAAUCUACCACAGAGAAGGCUCGAGCGAGGGCCGCCAAGCCCAAAAACGGCACCGAGAAAGAGAACGGGGCCGGAGAGAAAGAGAAAGGGAAGGGGAAGGGGAUGGGGAAGGAAAAGGGGAAGAAGAAAGAGAAAGAGAACAAUGUCAAUGGUAAUGGCGAGAAAGAGAACGAUCCGGACCACGUCAAAGUCCCCAAACCGCUCAACUCGUACAUGCUAUUCCGUAUAGACCUCGGUGCAAAGAUCGCGAAGAGUCCGCUUUCGAAGGGGUUGAAUCUGAACCAAAGGUACAUUUUGCCGGGGAUAGCCGCCUGUUGGAAUCAACUCCCCGGACACGAAAGAGCGCAUUGGGAACAGAAGGCUCAGGCAGUGGCUGCCGCUCAUGCGAUCAAGUAUCCGGGGUAUAAGUAUAAAUCUGAACCGGACAACAGGCAAGGCAGAAAACGCAAAAGAUCGAAGGGGCUGCUGGACCCGGAGAAGGAGCGGGCAGCCUCACGACUCGUUGGGUUGGUGAUGCGGGGCAUCGAAGGCGAGGAGGGAUUGGAGCGGAUCGAUGCUGAGGCUGCUGUGGCUGGCGACGACGGUGAUACACUCGACUUGAAGGAUUUGUUUGCUGAGUAGGGUCAUUACUGGGCUUGAUCACGUUGAUGCUGUCUUUGGCGAGACCUCGGAUGUUAGGGAGAGUCAGAUGGGGAAUGACAUGUUGCCACCGCCACACCACUACGAAU